GUCGCAACUGGAAAGCGUCCGAAGCGGGGGGACUGUCGUCGAGAGGCAGCGGCACAGAGCCGUCCCCUACCCGGUCGCGAUGCCGUUCCGUUUCUGGAAAAGGCGGAAGGACUUUAAACAUAUAACUCAUGGCCUGAUCCCUGCUGCUACCAUAGCUCCUAAACCUGCAGUUCCCUGCACCCCUUCCCCUUGUAGUCCAAACCCUCCUCCAGAAGGGCCCAGAUCUGCUCUAGCAGCAGCUGUCCUUUCAGCAACGCUAACAGGGCGCACUACUGCUCUUCCUCUGCCUUUGCAGAAGUCUGAAAAUUAUUCCACCUGUGUGGAACAAGAAUGUUUUGAACCUUAUGCGACAGUUGCAGACCUUAGAAUGGGGCCCAACUGGAAACUUGAUGGCAGCGACAGAUCUCCUGUACAGUCCCCGGAAAUACUAGGCUAUUAUGAUGAGGAUGAGGACACGGAUACCCAUCAUUUUGAUGCAGAUAUACAGUCACAGUCCAGCUGUCAAAGUAAUGAGAAAAAGGGAGAAAACUUUAGCACCAAUGCUAUUUAUGCUAUUCCCUGCAAAAAGAAAAAGAAAGAGUUUCCACCAUCUCCUAGUACAAAUGCUGACAAGAAGGAGGUGCCUUCUCGUGAAACUGAGUUUCAGGUGCUGGUGAAUGAAUCAGAUGUGCAAACAGAAGCUGGAGACCAACAUCUUGGCUUGAAUUUAAAGGAAAAAAAAUCAUUAGCUGAAAAUCUGAUAUGUGGAAAGCCUCCGCCAUCCCCAGAUGUGUCUAUUCAGACAAAGCAAGCGUGGGAAAAUAUGACUAAAGAAAAAAUCAGAGAACUAGAACAAGAAAACUGCUGUCUGAGCAUGGCAUACCAGGUUGUGGUCCAGCAAUCUGAGAGAACAAAAUGGCAGAUGCAAGAACAGGAGUUACAGCUGCAGAGACUAGAACAAGAAAACAGAAGACUUAAAGCAGUUGCAAAGAAGUCACAUAGAGAAGAGGAGGCUACAGAAUUACUUUCUCUCAUAAAACAAGUACAAGAACUGGUAGAUGAAAAUGAUGCUUUGAAAAGGACAGUCCAUCGUUUAAAUGUAGAGUUAAGUCGCUAUCAAACUAAAUUCAGGCCGUUGUCCCAAGAAGAGUGUCUAAACCUGAAAGGUUUACCCAUGGAUGGACCACCACCGCCAUGGCUGUUGGAUAUGAAGUAUUUGUCACCCCUUCUGUUGGCAUAUGAAGACAGAAUAAGAGAAAAGGAACAAUUAAGUCUUGAAUACGAGGAGGAUAUGAAGAAUUUUAAAGUACGAGUUCAAGAGUUGGUGAAGGAGAAUGAAAAACUACAUAAGCAAUUAAAUAAAACUGACUUUAUUACCCCUACAGAAUGGCAACAGCUGCAAGGUCAGGCCAAGCUGGCCUUGGAAGAAAACAGUCUGUUGAUACAGCAACUUGAUAUUCAACAAGCUAAAGCAAAAGAGAGUCAGAGACAACACAUUGAAGAAGCUUCAAAAUUGACCAGAAAGUUAAUAAACUUAGAAGAUAAGACAAAGCGUCAAGAAGAAGAGAAAGCAGAGUACCAGAAGCAGUUGCAAGUUUUACUUUCUACUUGUGAAGAGCUGAAAGCCAAACUGAAUAGCGCAGUAAAAGCAGAGGAGCACUUUGCUGCAGUGAAUGAUUUGAAAAGCUGUUUACAACAGGAGCAGGAGAAAAAGUUCCAUGAGGUGGAAGACCUAAUGGGAAAGAUUGCAUCACUGCAAGCUCAAAAUAAGAAACUGCUUUUAGAGAAAAAUAACUUUAUGGCUGACAACAAGGCCCUGGAAACUGAGAUGGAAACGACACAAAAGAUAAACAGGCAAUUAAAGAAAGAAGUAGGUUUUUGGAAACUGCAGUUGGAGGAAGCAAUGGAAAAUGAAGUUGCAGCCUAUCACUAUAUAGCAAACCUCAUUGUUUUGGCGGAGAAGAUGGCUCAGAAACAUGAUGAUACUGUUUUAGUGGCCAAAUUUUUGGAAAAUGAGAAUAAUGGUGUUCUCAACAAAGUAGUAGAAGGUACUCUCCGCUUAGGAAGAUUAGAAGAAAAAGUUAAGAUAUAUAAAAAGAAAGCAGCUGGGAAGCUUGAAGAUAUUAGUCUGAAGAUGACUGAGCAGGAGAAAGAGUUUGCGGGGAAGACGGCUGAGUACCAGCAAGAAAUUAAGCGCCUCCGGGGUCUGCUGCAAGACAAACAGGAAGCCCUUGAGGAGGUGAUGCAGCGGCAGAAGAAAACAGAAGAGGAACUUGCAGUCAUUUGGGAAUCCACAUCCAACGAAAACAGGAGAAUGAGAGAACUCCUACAUAAAUCCCAGAGGAACAACAGGUGGAGUACGGACACAGUUCAUGAGCCACAUGUAGAUGAAAGCUCUCAGGACCCAGUUUACAGACAUGAUUUUAGCUAUUGUGAUGUGAAACUUUUGUCGUCUUCUGAAAAUCAGCAUAUUGCCAAGGGACCAGAGGCCAGCAGCGGAUGCAGCAGCCCUCCUCCAGAUUGUUCUGUUCAUCCCACUGCAGAUUCAGUGCCUUCAGAAGCCGCGUCGUUUUCCCCAGAGCAUUCUCUGCAGCAGUGCCAGCCUUCAGAUUAUUACGGCAUGUAUUCGUCUUGGCGUUUGUAAUGGUUGAUUUUUCACAAGUUGUAUGUAUGUCUGUAUUGGUUUGAAGUGACUUUAUUUUGGAAUUACAUGUAACUUCUUGGA